AAAUAAUUAAUUGUAACAAGGCUUAGUGGGGGAUAAAGAGCCUAUACACAGGUUUGUCUAGUGGAGUCUAGAGGCAACUCUGAUUUUGUAAGUACCAGAGACCAUUGGUAGCAUGGUUGUACAAACAUCGCUGGUAGACACUCAAUUAGCAAAUCAUCUUUGGUAGUAAUAGGAGAUUAACGUUUGUUUUUGUUGUGGGUAUGGCGGUGUAGUAUAAACAAUGUGUGAUAUGUGAACCGAAAAAAUAUGUAAAUCAUGUAUUUCUAUAUUGUCACACUAUGAAGUGUAUCAUCCCGGGCUUGAAUGUAAAAGUACUGGCAAGAGCAAUACAAUCAUUAGCAAAGAUUGGGGAUGAACUUUAUGUAGAACCACAAAAAGAUGGCAUUGCUUUUAGGAGUGUGAAUUCUGCCCGAUCAGCAUAUGCUACAUUUACAUUUUCAAAGGCUUUCUGUUCCUAUUACAAAAGGGAAACCAGCACUGAUAAUGAGGAAAUAGUAAAAUGUAAAAUAUCAAUGAAGUCUUGUGCUCCAAUUAUUCGUUCACCAGCAAAUUUAGAUAAACAGGUGGAAACAUGUUUGAUCCAUCUUGAGCGUGAUGGCACAAAAUUAAUUUUUGAACUACGCUGCCGUCACAAUGUAGUGAAAACACACUAUAUGCCAAUACUUGAAUGUGAAACAUUGCAAGCUGUUUAUCCAGUGGAUGAUGUGCCUAAUAAGUUAUUGCUGGAAGCCAAAAUACUUGCUGAUGCUGUGCACAACUUCCAGUUGACACAGGAGGAAAUAUCACUGUCAGUUACUUCAGGCAAGGCGUUAUUGAAAAGCUAUAAUGAUGAAGUGAUAGAUCGUAGCAAGGUUAUCAACACAGAGCUAUGUCUGGAGCCCAGAGACUUUGAGUAUUUUAAAGUAGGUACUGAAACAACAAUUACCUUUUGCCUGAAGGAGUUCAAAUCACUAGUCGUAUUUGCUGAAAGUGUUUCUGUCCCUGUGGCCAUCAACUUUAAGGAAUCUGGACAGCCAGUUGUGUUUAUGAUAAGCAAUAAACCAACAUUUGAGGCUCAUUUUGUUCUUGCAACUUUAUCAACUGACAGUGACUCACAAAGCCAGACAUCACAAAAAUCGAAAAGUUCUGUGAAAGAAGACAAGAAACAAGACAAUGCUGCUCCAAAAGCUAAAACAACACAACCCAGUAGCAAUCAAAACAGCACUCAAGAAGCGCUGCUCAAGCAGAGUGCUGUGGUGGAUCCUGUUGUGGCACCAAUUGAAAAUGGACGACCAGCACGUGAUGAAGCACUGGGAGCUGAAGAAAUUUUUGAAAUGUUCUGUGAUGACACAGAACCAGCAGAGGGCUGCUCACAGGUGUACACUGCAAAUAACCAAAGAUCUAAAGAUGUUCCGUCUUCCAGCAAAACAGCUAUGAAAAGGGACAUAGCAAACAGAGAUUGUGAAAUGGAUGUCGAUGUAAACAUGGAUGUUCUUGACAAUCGUGAAAGUUGUGAUACCUUCUACAGUAGAAAUAGCUGUACUUAUCAGACUAGUAGACUACCGACAAGAUUGUCUGAUUGUGAAGAUGAUAUGGUGCCCAGUUCCCCACCUAGUAAAAAAGCACGUUAUGUUUUCAAAAAGUGCUUUGAAGCUACAUUCAACCCACAAAAUAUUCCAGGGCAUGAUAUUGUUCUUGCAGAUGAUUCUGCUGGUGAAAGUGACUGAUUUUGUGACAGUAAGACUGCAAAGGUGUCUGAGACGUGAUAAUUUAUCUCAGGUUGACAGUCAAACAUGCUGUAUUUUUGUAUUAUAAUUGUGAAUAUAAUUUGUUUCUUAUACAAAUUGUUGAAAUUGUGAACACUCUUUGUACUAUUUUUCAUUUAUUUAGUUCAAAGUCAGUUUUUAAAUGAAAUGUCUAUAAUAACGACUUUCAAAUUAGUUUAGUUUGAGACAGUGAACAUUCAUAUAAGAAUGUAGUCUUCCUCGGCAAUUUUGAUUGAUAAAAUCUUCUUGGCUUAUCAGUUGAGUUGUAGCAUCAUUUCACCUCAAGAUGACAAGUUCGAAACUUGUCAAAAUGUUGUGGCAACAUGACGUCACAACUCGGCAGAUAAACCUGGAAGAUUUCAUUGAAAAAUAUUAAUUUUGUUAAAGGUAAGGUUGAUAUAUACCAUGAGUGCAAAAUUAUUUUUUUAUUGUUGGUUUUCUCUCAUCUUUAAGUUUUCAUGUGCCCCAUCAUGAAAUGCUACUACAUAAUUUGGAUACUGAGUAUUUGUGAGUAAUAGUGCACUGAAGUGUUUCUGAAAUAAGAUUUUUUAAUUCAAUA